CCGAGCCCCACCUGCCAGGGCUCCGGCCCCUGAUGCAGCUGCCUUUCUGAGCCACUGACUCUUGAUUCCAUGGACACAGCCCCAGCCCCGAUGGGCUCCCUUCAGCACCGCUCUUGCCAGCAGCCUAAGAUGGGUGACACCUGGUCCCAGCUGCCCUGGCCUGGGCCCCCCCGCCCGGCCAUGCUGCUGGUCUCCCUCAUCUUGGCCGCAGGGGUGAUGCCCUCGGAUGCCGGCACCAGCUGCCCGGUCCUUUGCACGUGCCAUAACCAGGUGGUGGACUGCAGCAGCCAGCGGCUCUUCUCCGUGCCCCCGGACCUGCCGAGGGACACUCGCAACCUCAGCCUGGCCCACAACCGCAUCGCCGCCGUGCCAUCCGGCUACCUCACGUGCUACAUAGAGCUCCGGGUGCUGGAUUUGCGCAACAACUCCUUGGUCGAGCUGCCCGCGGGCCUCUUCCUGCACGCCAAGCGCCUGGCACACCUAGACCUGAGCCACAACAACCUCAGCCACGUGCCGGCCGACAUGUUCCAGGCCGCCCACGGCCUCGUGCACAUCGACCUGAGCCACAACCCGGGGCUGCGGAGGGUGCACCCGCGGGCCUUCCAGGGCCUGGCGCAGCUCCGGGACCUGGACCUCAGCUAUGGGGGCCUGGCCUUCCUCAGCCUCGAGGCUCUCGAGGGCCUGCCGGGGCUGGUGACCCUGCAGAUCGGCGGCAACCCCUGGGUGUGCGGCUGCACCAUGGAGCCCCUGCUGAAGUGGCUGCGGAACCGCAUCCAGCGCUGCACGGCGGAUUCUCAGCUGGCUGAGUGCCGGGGCCCCCCAGAAGUCGAGGGCGCCCCACUGUUCUCCCUGACCGAGGAGAGCUUCAAGGCCUGCCACUUGACCCUGACGCUGGAUGAUUACCUCUUCAUCGCCUUCGUGGGUUUCGUGGUCUCCAUCGCAUCCGUGGCCACCAACUUCCUCCUGGGCAUCACGGCCAACUGCUGCCACCGCUGGAGCAAGGCCAGCGACGAGGAGGAGAUAUGA